CCAUUGGCUUCCUUCAAAAGCGUCUUCAAGCUACAGCCUGAAGGAGAAGACUUUCCCAGUCCUUAUUCUGACCACAGGAACAUGACUUUGAGGCUUUGCUCUGCCUGGAUUUUCAUCCUCCUCCUCCCUGGCCUCUCAGAUGCAGGGAAACUCCUAGUAUUGCCCAUGGAUGGAAGUCACUGGCUUAGCAUGCAGCCACUGGUUGAAAAGCUCAGCGAGAGAGGACAUGAAGUGGUGGUGCUUAUACCAGAAGUAAGCUGGCAGAUGAGAGAGGCACAGGCCUACACAGUGAAAGCAUUCCCAGUGUCUUACACACUAGAAGACUUGGAUAAUGGCUUUUCUGAGUAUGUUGCCACCCACCUGAAGGACCUGCCUUUCCCACUGAACACCCUAGCACUAUACAACAGCUCAGUACAAGUUUUCCAACUACUGUUUACUCAAUGCAAGAACCUAUUCAGCAACAAGGAGCUCCUUCAGUACGUGAAUCAAAGCAGAUUUGAUGCUCUCCUAACAGACCCCAUCUUUAUGUGCGGGCCACUGCUCGCUCAUUAUUUUUCUCUUCCAUACGUGUUCUUCAUGAGAGGAUUUCCUUGCAACUUACACUAUGAUGCUCCGCGGUGCCCAAGUCCUCUGUCCUACGUACCCAGGCUAUUUACCUUCAACUCUGACCAAAUGACUUUCUUCCAGAGAGUGGAAAAUGCACUGAUUUACCUCCUGGAGCCUGCGUACUGUAACGGUUUCUAUGAAACAGCACUAAAGUUUGCUUCUGAAGUUCUUCAGAGAGAUGUAUCCCUCAUAGACUUCGUGGACUCUGCUUCCAUUUGGCUUCUGAGAUUUGACUUUGUGUUUGAGUACGUCAGACCCGUGAUGCCCAAUAUGGUCUUUAUUGGAGGUAUAAACUGCGCUCAGAGGAAACCACUGCCUAAGGAAUUCGAAGCUAUUGUGAAUGCCUCUGGAGAACAUGGCAUCAUUGUCUUCUCCCUGGGCUCCAUGGUCUCUGAGAUCCCUAUGAAGAAAGCCAAAGAAAUUGCAGAUGCCUUGGGAACAGUCCCUCAAACGGUUUUGUGGCGAUACACAGGAAAGGUGCCACCCGACAUGCCGAAGAACAUAAAGCUUGUCAAAUGGCUGCCCCAGAAUGACCUUCUAGCUCACCCUAAGACUCGUGCCUUUAUUACCCACGGAGGCUCCCAUGGCAUUUACGAGGGCAUAUGCAACGCAGUGCCAAUGGUGCUGAUGCCUUUAUUUGGAGACCAGAUGGACAACGCCAAGCGAAUAGAGUCACGGGGAGCAGGACUGACACUGAAUAUACUUGAAAUGACUACACAGGACAUAUCCACUGCCCUGCAAGCAGUUAUUAAUGAUAAAAAGUACAAAGAGAACAUCAAGCGUCUCUCAGACCUUCACCUCGACAGGCCCAUCCACCCCAUGGACCUGGCUGUGCACUGGGUGGAGUUUGUAAUGAGACACAAAGGAGCCCCACACCUCCGACCUGCUGCUCAUGACCUGAACUGGAUCCAGUACCACUCUCUGGACGUCAUAGCCUUCCUCAUCGUCGUGGUCCUCCUCUCCCUCUUCAUUUCUCUGAAGUGCUGCCUGUUCUGCUGCCGCAGGUGCUGCUGUAAGAAGGGAAGAACAAGAAAGCCAACCAAAUCCAAGUCCCACUAGCAGCUGAAAUCAAUGGUAGGAGAUAAACCUCUGCUCCAGACCACAUGAUCAGAGACCAUCCCAAAUUUCACUGAUUGCUGACUUUCAGUCAAGAAAUAAUAGUUCCUUUAAGCUAGUACCAUGGGAGGGGUUGUUUUCACUGAUAUAAUUGUUGCCUUUAAUUAAGAAUUGUUUAUUAAAAUUA